AUGCAGGUGUUUCUGAAGCAGCAGCUCACAAAUGUUGUUUUCGAUUCUCAUUUUAGCGAUGAAGAAAUUAUUGGUACUGCAACGCGUCUAUCACCAAGUGAAACGCAUACCGUGACUGAGAUGGAAGAUAGAGAUGAAGAAAAUAUGUUGCCUGUUAAACGGAAAAAGGCAUCUAAGGAGCACAAUGAGAGUAAGAAGCUCAAAUCCAAGAAAAAAAGCAAGAAGCCAAAAGGAGAGAGCACUGAUGCAUCAUGA